AUGAUAUUUGUUUUACUUAGUUUGACCGUUGUCAUCUCUCUGCUUACCUAUAGUUACCAUGUUCUUGCCAAUUACCAACAUCCAAUUCCCAUAGGAGGAAAUAUUCUUUUAUUGACCGCUCAUCCUGAUGAUGAAUGCAUGUUCUUUGGGCCAACACUCCGAGGACUAGGCAGACAGCAUAAGAAUCGCAUUCAUGUUUUGUGCUUAUCAACAGGAAAUGCUGAUGGGCUUGGUCAGAUUCGAAAACGAGAGCUGGUAAAGAGUAGCCAAGUAUUGGGUAUUCAGCCGUCUCAUGUCAGAGUAUCUGAGCAUUCUGAGCUUCAAGAUGGAAUGAAGUCUGUAUGGCCCACAGAUAUAAUCGCUCAAUUAGUAAAUAAUUAUGUCUCCAAACAAAGUAUUGAUACAAUUAUCACAUUUGAUGGUUAUGGCGUGUCUGGACAUCCAAAUCACAUAGCAGCUUAUGAAGGUGCCAAGCGAUACAUAGAAACACAAAAAGGAUCGACUAAACUUUAUACUCUGGAUUCUAUCCCUCUUGUGCGAAAGUAUAUUGGAAUUGGGGAUUUGAUUACAAGCAGCUUUCAGCAGAUUAUGGCAUUGAUCAAGAAAGAGGAAAAAGGAUCUGUUUUGAUUGUGUCUUCACCAGGUGCUUAUUUCGCUACCCACAAGGCAAUGCGGGAACACACAAGUCAAUUGGUCUGGUUUAGAUGGCUAUAUGUAACAUUUUCUCGUUACAUGUAUGUGAACGAGUUAUCUUUGGCUAAUUAAAGCAGUUUAUCAGCACAGUAAUAUAAUACCUUGAGCUAGCUAUAUUUAUCUAUAUAUAUAUUUUAAAUGUACAGUAGAAUGGCGGCUUUUAUUUUAGCAUUAAACUACAAUAAAAUGCAUUAACAAUAUGUACACAU